CCGCCCUGCCCUUGGGGAACGGGAGAGGGGGCGGGAGAGGCUUUCUGGGGCUUCAUCAAAGAACUUGUAUUUUUCUGAGAACGAUGCUCCCAGACCCUGGGGUGUGCCCUUCUCUGGCAAAAGUCGGAGCCCCUAGAUGUGUCUCGGAGUCAUCCUGCCGCCGGAUUCUGGUGUCCGCCCGCUUAGCGGGAGUGGGCCUGCUGAUAGCCUUUCUUAGCUCGCUCGGCUGCGUGGUACGGGCCCCAGGUGUGGGCAUGAACAUGGCAGAGGGGGACACCCUGAUAUCAGUGGAUUAUGAAAUUUUUGGGAAGGUCCAAGGGGUGUUUUUCCGCAAGUACACUCAGGCUGAGGGAAAAAAGCUGGGAUUAGUUGGCUGGGUCCAGAACACUGAUGAGGGCACCGUGCAAGGACAGUUGCAAGGUCCUAUCUCCAAAGUGCGUCAUAUGCAGGAAUGGCUUGAGACAAAAGGAAGUCCCAAAUCACACAUCGACAGAGCAAACUUCAGGAAUGAGAAAGUCAUAGUAAAGUUGGAUUACUCAGAUUUCCAGAUUGUGAAAUAAUGGCUUGAAUUUAAAUUUUCUAAGAUAAACUCAACUGGUUUUGUUUUUAUUGUUAAUAUUGAUCUAGUCUGUGUUCAGUAUUAGAUUUGGUCAGUAAGUUAUGUUAGUAUCAGAUAUUUGAAUUUUACUUUAUAUUAUAUGUAUGAUAGAUGACCAACUCUACACAAUUCUAAAUAAAUAAAAAUGCAUUAGAACCUUU